GUUUUCUCUUCAUGUUUUUUCAGAUAAUGUUUCAGUGAACUGUGGUUUUUAUUUUGUAUUUUGUCGUCGAAAUUAUGGAGCCUCGAGGGCAUGGAUUCAGGGGUGGAUACUCGCAAGGGCAGUCGAAACCGAAAGCGAAAAACAACAGCGUUCCGGACAGAUGGUUGGAUUACUCGAAUUUUGGCAGACAGAUUCAUGGGACUCCGAUCGUUGCCUUGAAGGUUCCUCUGAGAGCUGUGAUCACUGAAAGUGUGGAAAUUGCGAAUAAGGUUCCGGAAGAUAAACGGUUUGGUCCGACUGACGUGCUUGAACAGAUUCAGAAUCUUGGAAUGGUGCUUGAUUUGACUGCAACUCAACGUUACUAUGACCCGCAAUUUUUCAUGAGUCAAGGAAUAAGGUAUUUCAAGCUGGUGUGUGAAGGACGCGUGAUCCCUGGAGCAGACACAGUGAGAGCCUUUUUCGCCCAAAUGGACGGCUUCCGGAAUGACCCAGGAAUGCGGGGCUGUGUGAUUGGAGUGCAUUGCACGCAUGGUGUCAACCGCACUGGUUAUCUCAUUUGCAGAUACAUGAUCCAAAGACUGGGACUCUCAGCUCAGGAAGCCAUUCAGAAGUUUGAAGCUGCAAGAGGGCAUAAAAUCGAGAGACCGCUGUACGUCGAUCAUCUGUCUGAGUUGGGGUGCACUUCAGUUCAACCUUCCCCGAGGUACGAUGGCGGUUCGAGUUUCCGAGGAGGCGCCAAGGUCCCGUGCCCAAAACCUGCACGCUCGUCUAUGCUUGGGCCACUUAGUACCGCAAAGGUUGGUUUCAAUUUCAAGUUUCUGUAUUAUUAG